AUGAAUGUGAUCGAAGAACAACGUCGUGGACCGCCACACGCGGUCUUAUUAGCGGUGGUGGUGGUGGCAGUGAUGAUAGUUCCAUCAAUGAUUGGUGAAAAUGGUGAAGCAAUAACUGAAUUCAUAGCUGAACUACUUAGUCCUAUUGGUUUACUUCUUUUACCAGUAAUAUUAUUGCUUAUAAUACAAUUUUUGUCAUCUGAUAGUGGUUCUUUUGUGUAUAGUAUAUUUUCUAGUGGUGAACCUAACUCUAUACAUCGUGUUGGUGGUUCACCUGUUGGUGUUGCUUUUGUUCUUCUUCUUGUUUUGUUUCUUUUGUAUAAUCGGUUCUCUAUAUUUGGUGGUGAUGAUGAUGGUGAUGAUUGA